AACUCUUACAACUUGGAAAAGGAAACCCAGCCUGGGCAGCGUGAACCACAAAACAGCAGAAGGACAUUCAGAUCAGGCAUCAGAGUUUCUGAGAGGCCAAAAAUACCCACGAGAAAAGGUCCACCAGCUUUUGCUUUUUGCUGCGUUUCUGUAGUGAGGAGUUAAAGUUUCAAACACUCUGCCUUAUUUACCGCUCGGGUUUGGCAACGCCUGCAGAAGGAGACUGGAAAACAUUCAGGAGGGAGACGUCUUGCGUAAUCCAGAGACUUUUCCUGAUGAAACCAGGAGCUGUGGGGACGGAUGAAUUCAUCCUGGGCUAAAUGACGGCCCAACCUGAUGUCGGCGCACACUUGAAGCUGACACAAUCCAAUGAACGGUUGAUGGUUGUUGGAGGAAUCCCAACUGCUGAACCACAGAGCAUCGGUUAAAGGUUUGACCCAACCCAACGCACCAUCUGCUCAGGGACUGGCAGGUCGCAGCUGGAGUGUCUGGUCUUAACUACAAUCUGUUUUGAAGACGCAUUCCUGAAGCCGCAGAUCUUCCCGCCUCCAAGAUUUUUCUCAGAUAUGGAUUUUUAGAGGGAAGCAGCUGAUCAAAGGUCACGACCUUCCUGCCUGGAGUCACAUGUCAGCCUGAGGCCGCUCUGAGGCGCAGACUCUUCCACAGCCUGGGAUCGUUUUUAGUCUGACCCGACAUGCCUGCAAAGACGCCCAUGUACCUGAAAACCACCACCCCUAAGAAGGGGAAGAGAGUGAAGCUCCGGGACGUCCUGUCCGGUGACAUGAUCAGCCCGCCGCUGGGCGACGUUCGCCACAGCGCCCACGUGGGGCCCGACGGCGAGGGUGACAUGUUUGGUGACGUGGGCUUCCUGCGGGGGAAGAUGGACAUGCUCCCGUCCCUGAGCCGCGGGCCGAACGGGCGCUCGCACAGUGCGGAGCGCCACGCGGGCGAUGACCUCCCCGACAAGGAGGAGGCGCACAGCUACGCCUACAACGGCUACCACUACCAGCACUCCUCCAGCGGCCUGCUGAAGACCACCAUCUCCAUGCCCGUCUUCAUCGCCCACGAACAGGCUCCACCCAAACCGCCCCGCCUGCACCUGGACGACUCCUCCCCCACAUCGUUGCCUCCCCAGCAGGAAUCCUUGUGCGGGAACGGCACGGCGCCGGAUCCCUGCCGUGACGUAUCGGUGUCGCACGCCAUCCGCAGACUCGUCCCGUCCUCUGGGUCCUUCUCGGAGGCCUCCUCCGAGGACUCCAUGUCGGAGAGCGGCGGGCCCCCGGACGUCCGGCGGGGCCUCAGUCUGGACUCCGACGCCGGCCUGAGCAACGAGGACCUGCGGAGCGAGCGCAGCGAGUCGCCCAGCGCCGCCUUCCAUCCCGCCGGACUCACGGCCUCCAACCACGUCUCCAGAUCCAACUCCAUCUCCGGGUUAGACCUGGAUCUGGGCCCGUCCAUCCUGGAGGACGUCCUCAGCAUCAUGGAGCGCUACAAGAGUCUGGAGAACCGCUGCGAGCUGUGAGGUUCCUCCAGAACAUCCCCAUCAUCAGAACACUCCCUCCCCUCUGUUUGGACUCUCCUCUGCCUGAGAACCUCCUGCUAAUCUCCAGACUGAUGGCUUUCCUCAGACAAUUCUGCUGCAGGUCUCUUCCACGAAAGCCUUCAGAGAAACGAUGAAGGUUCUGUUGGGUUUGUUCUUCGGUUCCAUCACGACACUCGGAUCCUCAAGCAGCAGCAGCACCUUUUUGUUUUGGUUGUUUUUGGAAAAAAAAACCUCAGGACAUUUUAUUCAGACUGAUGAUGAAGAAGCUUUACUUGUGAGAAACUUGCUGCUUUUAGACUCAAAUACGGAACUUUUUUUUAGAAAAAAAAAGAGAAAAUUCUGUGUUUAAAUAUCCAUGUUCCCAACAUUGAAAUGCUGUAAAUAUAUCUCUGUAAAUCUUUGAAUUAAAGGAUUCUGAUGAAAACAA